UGGUUCCUUACCACCCGCAGCGACGCCGACGCCUCCCUCCCCGCCUCCCUAUAUAAUCCACCCGUCGUUACAGUCCAAUCAAUCCCGACGCCUCCCCAAAACCUCCAUUCGUCUCCCCGGUUUCCUGCAAGCAUAUCUCAUCGCGGAGACUAAUCUGAUCGAAAUGGAGUACGACGGCAAGUACAGGAAGAAUCAGAGGCUCAAGUGCGACUGCCUCGUAUUCGACCUUGAUGACACGCUGUACCCGGUGACCUCCGGUAUUGGAGCUGAUGUCAUGAAGAACAUCCAAGAUUAUAUGGUGCAGAAGCUCGGUGUUGAGGAGAGUAUAAGCCUGGAGUUAUGCAUCCUCCUCUACAAGCAGUACGGAACCACCAUGGCCGGUUUGAGGGCUGUCGGCUACCAGUUUGAUUAUGAUGUUUACCACAGCUUUGUUCAUGGAAGGUUGGCCUAUGAGAAAAUCAAGCCUGAUCCAGUACUUAGGAACAUUCUGCUGAGCUUACCGACACGCAAAGUUGUGUUUACAAAUGGUGAUAAAAUCCAUGCCUCAAGGGCCCUGAAGAGGCUUGGAAUUGAGGACUGUUUUGAAAGAGUUGUGUGUUUUGAGACAUUGAACCCAACAUCUCUUCCUGUGCCAGCUGAUGAACUUGAAAUCUUUGACAUUAUGAAGCAUCUGGCUCAUCCAGAGCCUGGGGUGGAACUACCAAAAUCAUCAAUCAUGUGCAAGCCAUCAAUAGAUGCAAUGCUGCAUGCCUGCAAGAUUGCCUCCAUCAAUCCACAGGCAACUAUAUUGUUCGAUGACAGCUUCAGGAACAUCCAAGCUGCAAAGCAAAUCGGAAUGCAUACUGUCCUGGUUGGAACUUGUGAAAGAACAAUAGGCGCUGACCAUGCCUUGCAAAGCCUCCACAACAUGAAGGAAGCACUGCCUGAGCUGUGGGAAGAAGCUGAGAAGGAUGAAGACGUCAGGAAUUCUAGUAAAGUUGGAAUUGAGACGUCGGUGAUCGCAUAAACUUUUUCUCCAUGACAGUGUAGCCCCUUUGUUUUGAGGACAACAGAGCUACCAAUUAGGACAAGAAACCAUGUUGCGAUGCUCCUCAAGGAGAGAAACUGAUAAAAUCACUGAUGUUACGUCCCCUAUACUAUCCAGUAAGAAAUAAAUGUUCAACAUGUCAGGUGCCAUAUGUUUCAUGAUGAAUUCGGGUCUGUUUUCAUUUUUGA